AUGAAGUCGUUUUACUACACUGCUUCAGCCAUGUUUUAUGCAUUCGGCGCAGCUCACCCACGAGUACAAGGUGGGCUCAUGAAGGAAUCAGCCACGGUCACCGCCUUCAUCAUCGACGACAAGGGAAACCCUAGCGUUGAAUGCUGGGAUAUCAGCUCUGUAGUCACGAGCAAUGGGCCACAAGGCAGUUCCAACAAGGUUUCGAUUGCGAAAGGCGGCGAUCUCGAAUUCGUAGAUGUAUUGACAUGGCCGUCGGCGUCUUUCAUCUUCCCGAAUGAUGAUGAUGAUUCAUGGUCGGGCGACUAUUCCAACUCUCGCUGGGGAAACGUUUUCGGUCUUUUCAACGUUCAGGAUGGGCUGGUCAACGUCGUCUCCUGGAUCGGCAGGAACAUCGCGACCAACAAUGACUUCGACGAUGAGGUGGAACGCCAUACUUUCAGUUCCGAAAAUGGAGAUGACUGGUUCUACUUUGAGGAUAACAGUGACGGCAUGCUCAUGAAUGAUAAGGCAGCUGCCCCCUUUCAGAUCAGCACCGUCUCCGCCACGGAGACGGAGAUUUUUCACUUGAGCUACACUGCUCAGCCCAAGCACACGGUCCUCCACAAGGGAGCAUGCAAGUUCACUGGGGUCCAUGCUUCGGAAGCUGCUCCCGGUUCAAAGGAUUACACCCACGAACGUUMUCCGGUCACCGUCCAGGUCCACAUUGAUGACUUGUAA